GGGGCAGCAGGCAGCUGUCGGGUCAGGAAGUGGGCCAGGCGGCAAAGCGCGGCCGGGCCAGCUCUGCGGGGAGGCACAGCGGGAGCGGUCCAGCGGUCAAGGGGCGCUCUGCAGGCCCCCGCCGAGCCUCACGGUCGGACGAGAGGCAGACCCAAAGCCCAGCGCGGGGACCGUCUGCGCAGGAAGUGCCCGAGCUCGCACUGCCGGUGCUCAGGCGCUGGAACCUGAAGGAGUGCUGGCUGGGCCCGGAGCAGCUGUGCGGCCUGUGGCUGCCCAGCUGAGGGCACUGCCUAGUGGACGUUGCAGGAGCAGGAGCCCCACCCGGGAGCAGAGGCCCUCUGAGCCAGGACCAAGGACAGCAUGGCCACGGCCGCGCCGCUGCGCAGCCUGGAGGAGGAGGUGACCUGCUCCAUCUGCCUGGAUUACUUGCGGGACCCGGUGACCAUCGACUGUGGCCAUGUCUUCUGCCGCAGCUGCACCGCCGACAUCCGCCCUGCCUCUGGGGGCCGCCCCGUCUGCCCCCUCUGCAAGAAGCCUUUUAAGAAGGAGAACAUCCGCCCCGUGUGGCAGCUGGCCAGCCUGGUGGAGAACAUCGAACGGCUGAAGGUGGACAAGGGCAGGCGGCCGGGGGACGCAGCCCGGGAGCCGCAGGACGCGAGGCUGUGCGAGCGGCACCGGGAGAAGCUGCACUAUUACUGCGAGGACGACGGGCAGCUCCUGUGCGUGCUGUGCCGGGAGUCCCGGGAGCACAGGCCCCACGCGGCCGUGCUGCUGGAGAAGGCCGCCCAGCCCCACAGGGAAAAAAUCCUGAACCACCUGAGUAUUCUAAGGAGAGACAGAGACAAAAUUCAGGGCUGCCAGGCGAAGGGAGAAGCUGAUAUCCUGGCUGCGCUGCAGAAGCUCCGGGAGCAGAGGCAGCACGUCGUGGCCGAGUUUGCGCAGGGCCACCAGUUCCUUCGGGAGCGGGAGCAGCACCUGCUGGACCAGCUGGCCAGGCUGGAGCAGGAGCUCGCCGAGGGCAGGGAGAAGUGCCAGGCCAGGGGCAGCGGGGAGCUGGCCCGGCUGGCGCUGCUCAUCUCCGAGCUGGAGGGCAAGGCCCAGCAGCCGGCCGCAGAGCUCAUGCAGGACACCAGGGACUUCUUGAGCAGGUACCCACGGAAGAAGUUCUGGCUCGGGAAACCCAUUGCUCGGGUGGUGAAGAAAAGGACCGGAGAAUUCUCAGAUAAACUCGCGUCUCUGCAGCGAGGCCUGCGAGAAUUCCAGGGGAAGCUGCUGAGAGACUUGGAAUAUAAGACGGUGAGUGUCACCUUGGACCCGCAGUCAGCCAGCGGGUUCCUGCUGCUGUCCAAGGACUGCAAGUGUGUGACCUACAACAGCGGCCUGUACCACUGCGCCUACCUGCACCCCCAGCGGUUUGACUGUGAGCCCGGGGUGCUGGGCAGCAAGGGCUUCACCUGGGGCAGGGUCUACUGGGAAGUGGAGGUGGAGAGGGAGGGCUGGCCCGAGGAUGAAGAGGACGGGGACGAGGAGGAAGAGGGGGAAGAGGAGGAGGAAGAGGAGGCUGGCUAUGGAGAUGGAUACGACAACUGGGAAACAGAUGAGGACGAGGAAUCAUUGGGGGACGAAGAGGAAGAAGAGGAGGAAGAAGAGGAGGAGGAAGUUCUGGAAAGCUGCAUGGUGGGCGUGGCCAGAGACUCUGUGAAGAGGAAGGGAGACCUCUCCCUGCGGCCGGAGGACGGGGUGUGGGCGCUGCGCCUCUCCUCCGCGGGCAUCUGGGCCAACACGGACCCUGAGGCCGAGCUCUUCCCGGCAGCGCGGCCCCGGAGAGUGGGCAUCGCCCUGGAUUACGAAGGGGGCACCGUGACUUUCACCAAUGCCGAGUCGCAGGAGCUGCUUCACACCUUCACGGCCACCUUCACCCGGCGCCUGGUCCCCUUCCUGUGGCUCAAGUGGCCCGGAACACGCCUCCUGCUGAGACCCUGAGCCCCUGCUGCCUGCCCUGGCCCACCCCUCGGUCUCCUCUGGAGUUCCAGGACUGAAGGCGGAAGGAGGCGCCUGGCCCAGCACCUGAAGGAGGGAGAGGGGGGACCCCACGGCCACUGCUGCGCCACCCACACUGCAGGGCGCCUCUUCUCCCGCCGCCUGGGCCCUGUGCAGGCUUCCAGCCUGGCUCCUCCCCCUCCCUCCGUGGCCUUUGACCCAGCCCUGCACUGUCUUUGCGGAGUAAGAGGCCAGGCAGCACUUUCUCGCCCAGGGUAGCAUUCCGUGCCACAUGUCCUGGGAAAGACUGGUGGACUGACCCACCCCAGCCACCGCUGUCCCCAGAUCCCAGAGCUUCCCCUCACCCCGUCCACUCUGCUGCCUUCCCUGCCACUUCCAGAGCGGCUCCGCCGAAGAGGGAAACAUCUAGGAAAAGGCUGCAAAUGGGCGGGAGGAAAGGCAGCGAGGCCUCCCUGGCAUUGGAGUCUGGCGCCCAGCGAGGUCUCGUGUGGAGGGCAGAGACCACGCUCUUCAGAGACCAGGGCUGUGCGGUCCCGACGGUGGAGGGGGCUCCUGCAGCCACGGGGUCUCGGGGGUGGUCUGCAUGCCUUGGCUUUGGGAUGACAGUUGUGACCAGGGGUCAGUAAGUGACCUGGGUUGGUCCUGGUGAGGAGAGUUUGUAAACACCCAGGAGUCUUGUCUUCAUGGUCCAUCUGGAAGCACGGGGCGAACAUCCCCUCGAGCAGAGCCUCCCCGCCGCAGGGCUGGACCAGCUUCUCCAGUGGGGCGCUCGGCUCCCGCACCGCCCCAUCCUCCGGGCGCAGGCUGGGGAGAGCAGGCAGUGGGUGUCCACAGGCCCAGCCCUGGUCCCAGCCUCUGUCCAGGCCCCACAGUGCCCACAAGCUCCCUGCUCCAGCCAGAUCACCGCGCAGCUGCCCUUCCAUGGCAGGCACUCUGCCUGCCCUGCCCUGAGCAGCUCUCCCCACCACUGGACCACCGUGCCCCCUCCGCCAGCACACCCUCCACGCCACAUGCUGCCUCCGUCACGCACAUCUGACUUCUGUCUAGUUCUGUAAGCUCUCGGAGGGCGGGCGCCAUCUCUUGUAUUUCUCUUGUAUUCUCCAUGGCACCUAGUGCAGUGCUGCGCAGAGUAGGUGCUCAAUAAAACCUUGUUGGACA